CUAGAAAAAAAUAAAACAAGUAAUAGCAACAAAUUAAAAUGUACUCAUUGUUUGACAAUCAGAAAACAAAAAGGUCAUAGUCCUUGUCACCUCCCAAAAUAAUUAAAGCUAAUUAACUUUGUUGGAAUUAACUGAUCCAAAUACAUAAACUCUUUUAUCAAUUUAUUACUUAAAAUGAAUUCACGAAAAACAGAACACAUGCAUGAGAGGGUAAAACUGGAUUAGUCUUGAUAUGAAAGGGUUUGAGUUGGUCUAUGAAUUUGUUUGUCUAAGUGUGUGUGUCCACACACACCUGUCCCACCAGCCAAUGCCAGGUUAUUGUAUCACAGCAUGGGAGUGACAGCCAUUCUGGUGCCGAGGGGCCAUGACCUCCAGGGUUUUCUGAACACCAACGUCUUCACACUUCCUUAAACUGGUGAUGUUGUCGAUGGAGAUGAAAAAUUGUUUUAUUUGCUUUUUUCUUUGCUCUGCUGUAAGAAAACAUAAUUUAUGUUUAAUAAAAUAAAGACAUCUCAAUAGUCAGUGUGAGUACUGAGUAUGACAGUGAUGAAACAAAUAGUUUUGAGGAUUUAACUUCAAGGCGUGGCUGACUGAAAACCUGUUUUUAAAUUGUUUUUUCACCGUACUUUUUUCAUGCAGUCUGAGGAUGAAAAUAGUCUCCAACACCUAUCUCCUGCAUUAACUUCUCAUAGAAAAUAGACGGUAACUCUAGGACUUGAAAAUCCUCACAGAUCCACAUCACACUGAGAAUUAACGUUCAUGGUCUCACCCAUCUUGACUCACAACGGGAAAAGCUGUUGUUGGUUUAAUGCCCCGAAAUCAGACGGAAACAUCUCGUCUAGUUUAAGCUAACCGUUAGAAUUAGCAACUUCACUUUAAGGUGGAAGUCCUCCUGGCUUGUGUAAUUUGUGGAGAAAAACAUCAGCGUUGCAGGUCAGUGGUAGAGUCGCAUUGCUGUUAUCCAAUCUGGGACAAGAUGUCCAAAUAUCAGGAAAUCAGACUCCAAAUUCUGUUUUCUGAAGCUCAGCCGUGAUGUUGCAGACUUGACCUGCUGAGCCAGGGCUUUUUGUGCCCUGAGUUCUGCCUGCAAGGCAUUUGGUCCUUCUAGAGAUCAUUGCAAAUGUAUUGAUUAAGUGAGCAAUCAACUACUUUAAAAUAUUCCAGUAAUAAAAGAAAUUGAACCUCAGUCAAGAGGGUAUAAAAUCAGUUAAAUAAAAAAGGAAAAGCAACAUCACACACCACAUUUUGUUGUUAUUACUGAUAAGUCGCUGAUUACCAAGUUAAAGACAUUUAAAAGAAUGUCUACAAAACAAAAGACAUUAAUUAAUCAUGAUCACCUUUUUUAGACACCUCAUUUCAUCAUAACAAUUGCUGUGUGAAUUUCACUUGUUUAAUGAAUUCUGUAUUUUGAUUUUACACAAAUUGUUCUCUCUUCAAAGUAAUUUUCUCAACACAGAAAUACUUUUAGUCAGAUUUCCUUUGCCCAACAAUUUCUGCAAGUUUUAACCAUUAUCCAGAUGUGUCUAAUUCCACAAGGCAGCACUAAUCAAAACGUUACAUUUAUAACAAAAACAUGAUUUACUCUUAGAAACAAUGCUUUCUUCAUUUUGCUUCAUUCAACUACAGUAGUUUCAAUGCAUUAACCCAUUAGAGGGCACUGGUGUCUUCCUGUUAAACACCCUGCCCUUUCAGUGCAACAAAUGUUUAAACUAUUUCUUAAAGUAAUCCAUAGCAAAAACACCCAAUAACAUUUAUUUUGUACUCAAAAACUAUUUAAAAUUUUGAAAAUGCACCUGAACUGUGAGACUUUUCCAUAUAUUUCCUUUGUGAAACUUGCUGUGAAUAUAAAGACAUGUACCUUUGAACAGAGUAUUCUGUUUGGGGGUAAUUGUAUUCUAUUAUUUAACCUUUUUUCAGUCCAACAUGAGAUUAGGGGGUAAGUAUUAGUUAAAGCAGCACUUUCUCAGUCUUGUCCAAUGGCCCUUCUUAAAUUAGCAGUGGGGGCUGGAGGCUCCCAGUCUGUGCUGGCAGAAGGAGGAGCCAGCAUCCGUCAGUGUCUACUGUUUCAUUAUUACCUGAGUAGCCCUGCAGCAUUCACCACACUCGUGUCUCUGUGUGGACUGAAACACAGACACAGAGGACAGACUUAAAGCCCUAACCAUCAGGGAGAGAUUUCCUUUUCAAUGCUUUGUUUUGUUUUUGUUUUGUUUUUCUUCACUCAGGACAGGAAUCUGCCUUCAGCUGCUAUAUUGCCAGACAACUAGCAGUGGACAUGGCUGGUUGUCUGCGUAGCUCACAACUUUGUAAAAAGUGGGACUUUUUUAGAUGCCUGCUUGUGACUUUUUAUCUCAUCUCCUGUUUUGGUUCAGUAAUUUCACAGUCAUUUGGUCCCGGUCACGUUCACUACCAAAGGUCAGGACCUAAUGAAGACAACAUCCUCAUCGCUAACAAUGGGAUCAGAGUGCCUUUUGGGAGGUCAGUGUUUUUGGACCCUGUGAAUGACCUGGUUAUUGAAGUUCAGCCUGGAGACCGCUGCCACAUAACUGUCCUGGAUAACGACCCCUUGGCCCAGAAACCCGGGGUGCUGACCCCCAAAAAGUUUCCUUGUUCAUUUGGAGCAAAUGAAGUGAAAUACACACAUUUUGGAUCUCGGAGCCCCACUAAGGAUCGUGUGAAGUUGCAGCUUCGCUAUGACUCCUACACAGACACGGUCAUCAUCCCCUUCAUGUUGGAAGUGGAGGUGGUUUUCCAGCAGCUUGAGAUCCUCAUUAGGAAUAUGCCACUUAAUGUUGAGAAACUCAACGGAGACAGCAGCCCCGUUGACAAAAAGGCCCUGGAGUUUUCCUUUGAGGAUGGUGUCACUCAAUGUAAGAUCACCUCUCUGGCUGGCGCUGGAGGCCUUCCCAGGUAUGGUACUCUAAAAAAUAGUCCAGCCAAUGGUCAAAUGACUGAUUGUGAUGAGUUUGUAAAAUUGGGCGUUCUCUACAAACACACGGCUAAAACCAAGUCACCAAACAGAGAUUAUAUCCCAAUGAUGGUAGAGCUGCAGGAUAAUGAUGGCAAUGCAAUAAUGCAAGAACAUUUCCAGAUGAUGGUCAGAAUCAGAGAAGGUGUAGAAAACACUGCUCCCAAACCUAGCUUUGUAGCCAUGAUGAUGAUGGAGGUAGAUCAGUUCGUGAUGACAGCGAUUACAAGUGACAUGCUAUCGGCUGAAGAUGUUGAAUCUGAUCCAGAUGACUUGAUCUUCAACAUCACUUCACCAAUGAACCCUCAGCAGGGUUAUAUUAUCAGCACAGACGAUCAGAACCUUCCUAUCACUUCUUUCAACCAGAGAGACGUCGAAGCUCUAAAAAUAGCCUAUAAGCCCCCCUCCGAGGACUCAGAACAAGAAAGGAUUUUCCAGCUAGAGUUUGAAAUCAUUGACACUGACGGAGCAGUGUCAGAUCCAUUUGCCUUCAUGAUUGUGGUGAAGCCUAUGAACACAUUGGCUCCUGUUGCAACAAAGAACACUGGACAGCUGUUGUUUGAAGGUCAAUCACGAGUCCUCUCCAGUGCACAAAAUCUAGAAAUUAGUGAUGAGGAUAACCUGGAGGAUGUGAAAAUUACAGUCGUUGAUGGUUUAAAACACGGAGACCUGACUGUUUUUGGUUCACGCAGAAAAUUCUUCACACCUGCAGAUCUAGAUGCUGGCACUAUUGUGUAUCAGCACGACGGCAGUGACACAUACAGUGACAAUAUUAUUUUCCAAAUGACUGAUGGAAAUAAUGAAGUAGAGUUCCUGUUUCCUAUCACUAUUGCUCCCACUGAUGAUGAGCCCCCUAUAAUAAAUGCUAACACUGGCCUUGUAUUGUUCAAGAACGAAAUCAUGCAGAUCUCUCCCUUCAUCCUGAGUGCUACAGACAUUGACUCAGAAGACUCCACAAUUAAGUUUAUAUUGGAGGCACCAUUCUCAACCAUAGGGGAGCUCCUGCUCAGGCAGGGUGAGCCCCCUGAUGAUCCUUCCCAGUGGAAGUUCAUCGGGACGGAUGAGAUGUUUGAGCAGGUGGUAACUGAAUGGUUUCAGCAGGAUAUUCUUGAUGGAAAGUUGUUCUACCGUCAUGUCGGACCCCAUAGCACCUCAACUGUGACUGAUCAGUUUGUGUUCAGAGUCCAAGAUGACAAUGACCCUCCCAAUCAAUCCGGCGAACAUAGCUUCACCAUUAAAAUCCAUCCUGUUGACGACAUCCCACCAGUGCUUUUCCCAGGCACCACCCUCCAAAUGACAGUUAAGGAAUAUGAACUCACGUUCUUUCGUAAGAAAUUCUUAUGUUACACUGAUCUAGAUUCAGAUGACAGAGACCUGAAAUACACCAUCAUCAAACCACCAGCAGACACAGACGAGAAUAAUCCAGCCCCAUUGGGUGAAAUUGUCCUUACUGAUAGUCCUGACACUGUAGUCACAGAGUUCACACAAGCCCAGGUUAACCAUCACAAAGUAGCUUACAAGCCCCCAGAUGUUGAACUAGGCAUCACUGCUAAAAUAGCGCAGUUCACAUUUACUGUUGAGGACACGGCCAGUAACUCAGUAAAUGGACUAUUUACAAUUUUCCUACAGCCAGUUGACAACAAACCCCCAGAAAUUACCAACACUGGGUUCACUGUUAUGGAAAAAAGUACUUAUGUUAUUACCAGAAAGGAGCUGCAUGCCACGGAUACAGACACAGAUGAUGAAAGCAUAAUCUUCACUGUGACCCAGAUUCCUAGUUAUGGACAGCUGCAGUAUUUGGGUGUUUACAUGUCAAAUGGUGAAACGUUUGUGCUUGAAGACAUUGCAAACAAUCGCCUAACUUACAUCCAUGGAGGAGAGGAAUCCCUCAACGAUAUCAUUAAACUUUCUGUAAGUGAUGGUUUUCAUGAGGUACCCAUUAUCAUCAGGAUCACAAUUGAGCCAGUUGACGAUGAGAUGCCCACAAUUAUGCUCCCAUCGGGUGUACUGGGAGCCUCCAUUGAUGUGCUAGAAAAUGGAGCAACCGAGAUCACAAGUAAUGUCAUUCAGGGUCGUGAUAAAGACACAGAUGACCUAAUGCUCACUUUUAUAGUUGAAGAACCCCCCAGGCUGGGUGAAAUCCUGGUUAACGGCAUGCCUGCUGAGAGAUUCACUCAGGCAGAUGUCAUCAACGGAAUGGUGGUCUACGCUCACACAUCUGGUGAAAUUGGUCCAGUGAAGGAACACGACUCCUUUAACCUAACUCUCUCUGACAUGUCUGAUCAGUGGGUUGUUGGUGGAAACAAAGUCCAGGGUGUGAUGGUUCAAGUCACAAUCCUGCCUGUUGACAGCAUUCCACCAGUUGUAAGUGUUGGGGGCCAGUUUGUUGUGGUGGAAGGUGAGAAGAAUGUCAUUAACUUAGACCACAUUCAAGCUGAAGACAUUGACACCAACAAUGAUGACAUUCUCUGCACCAUCAUUGCCCAACCGUCAUCUGGAUAUGUAGAGAACAUCUCCCCUGCCACAGGUUCAGAGAAAUCAAGAGCUGGGACAGCCAUCACUGCCUUUACAAUUAAAGAUAUUGCCCUUGGUCAUAUCUACUAUGUCCAAAGCAUUCAUAAAGGAGUUGAACCUGUAGAGGACCAGUUCACCUUCCGCUGCUCUGAUGGUAUUAAUUUCUCAGAGCGCCACUUCCUUCCCAUAGUCAUCAUUCCAGCCAAUGACGAGAAGCCUGAGAUAUUUGUCCGCGAGUUUGUGGUAAUGGAGGGCAUGAAUCUUGUAAUUGACAUACCGAUUCUAAAUGGCGCUGAUGCUGACAUUCCUGGGGAUGAACUGCACUUUGAAAUCAUCAAAAAACCCAAACACGGUGCAAUAAUUCAACAACUCAGCACUGGCACAAUCCCUGUUGAGAGGUUCAAUUUAGAACAGAUCAAAGAAGGAGCCAACAUUGUUUACGAACACGACGAUUCUGAGACCAAAGAAGACAGCUUUGAGGUCAGGCUUUCUGAUGGCAAACACAAGGUAGAAAAAUCCAUUCUCGUCGUAGUUAUACCCGUUGAUGACGAGACGCCAAGAAUGGCUAUCAACGAUGGCCUUGAUGUUGAGAUUGGGGAAACAAAAGUCAUAAGUAACAGGGCUUUAAUGGCAACAGAUCUUGACUCUGAAGACAAAGACCUAACAUAUAUUGUAAGAUAUGGUCCAGGUCAAGGCUACCUUCAGCGUAUCAACAAAUUUGGCACAGUUUUAGGCAACAUAACCCUAGGAAUGAAUUUCACCCAGGAUGAACUCGACAAGCAACUAAUUCAGUAUGUGCACAUGGGUCAAGAGGGCAUUCGAGACCUGUUGAAGUUUGAUGUCACCGAUGGUAUCAAUCCACUAAUUGACCGUUAUUUUUACAUCAACAUUGGAAGCAUUGACAUGGUUUUCCCCGAUGUUAUCAACAAAGGUGUGACGCUCAAAGAAGGUGGAAAAGUAACUCUUACCACUGACCUCCUUAGCACCUCUGACAUUAACAGCCCUGAUGAGUUUCUUAGCUUUAGCAUUACAAGAGCACCUAGCAGGGGGCAUUUAGAGUGUACGGACCAACCAGGUGUUCCAAUCUCCACCUUCACCCAGCUACAACUUGCUGGAAACAAGAUCUACUACAUCCAUACCUCGGACGACGAGGUGAAGAUGGACAGCUUUGAGUUUGAGGUGACUGAUGGUUACAACCCUAUCUUCCGAACCUUCAGAGUGUCCAUCACUGAUGUAGAUAACAAGAAACCAGUUUUAACUGUACACAAGCUGAUUGUUGAGGAGGGAGAAACCAAGCUCAUUACGCCAUUUGAGUUGACGGUUGAGGAUCGAGACACCCUCGAUAAGUUGCUGCGCUUCACUGUCACGCAGGUGCCAGUGCACGGUCAGCUGCUUUUCAACAACACCCAACCAAUCACAACCUUCACCAAACAGGAUCUGAAUGAGAACCUUAUCAGCUAUAGGCACGAUGGCACAGAGACCAGCGAUGACAGCUUUUCUUUCAUUAUCACAGACGGGACACAUACAGACUUUUACAUUUUUCCCAAUACUGUGUACGAGACUCGUAAACCUCAAACUAUGACAAUUCACAUCAGUACGGUGGACAAUGGUGUGCCCCAGAUCGUGGUUAACAAAGCUGCUGCCUCACUGAGAGUCCUCCAAACGGGACACCUGGGCUUUGUCUUCACAAGCAAGGUCCUUCGAUCAGAGGACAGAGACAGUCCCCAGAGAGUCCUGAGGUACAUGGUGUGUGAGCCACCUCUGCAUGGCUUUAUCAUCAACACGGCACUGGGCAACGAUAGCAUCAACACCUUCACUCAAGCUGAAAUCAACGACAUGAAGAUUUGUUAUGUCCUGUUGGACAAGAACAACGCCACAAGUGACAUCUUCUACUUCACAGUUGAAGAUAACGGUGGAAACAAACUCAAACCUCAGCCGUUCCGGCUGAACUGGGCUUGGAUCUCUCUGGAAAGGGAAUACUACCUGGUGGACGAAGAUGCCAAAUUCUUGGAGGUGACUCUGAAACGCAGAGGCUACCUGGGAGAAACCUCCUUUGUCAGUAUUGCAACUAAGGAUGUCACAGCUGAGAUGGACAAGGACUUCCGUGGGAAAUCUCAAAAGCAGGUUCAGUUCAACCCAGGCCAGACAACAGCGACCUGGAGGGUGAAGAUCUUCACGGAUCAGGAGUUUGAAAACUCAGAGACCUUUGAGAUUCAGCUGUCGGAUCCAGUCAUGGCUGUGCUGGAGUAUCCGGAUGCAGCAACAGUGGAGAUUGUGGACCCUGGAGAUGAAUCGACAGUUUUUAUUCCACAAGCAGAAUUCAAGAUAGAGGAGGAUAUUGGAGAGCUGUUGGUGCCGGUCAGGCGUUCAGGAGAUGCCAACCAGGAACUGAUGGUGGUUUGCUACACUCACCAGGGUUCAGCCACCGGCACCAUCCCCAGCACUGUGCUCUCCUACUCCGACUACAUCACCCGACCCGAGGACCACACCAGUGUGCUGCGCUUCUAUAAGGAUGAGCGAGAGAAAGGGUGCCGCAUCAUCAUCAUUGAUGACUCCCUGUAUGAGGAAGACGAGAGUUUCAACGUGAGCCUCAGUAUGCCUAUGGGGGGCCAAGUGGGGCCCCAUUUCCCAUCCGCCAAAGUCACCAUUUUGGCUGACAGCGAUGACGAGCCUUCCCUGUACUUUGGGGAGCCUGAAUACGUGGUGGAUGAGAGUUCAGGCUACGUUGAGGUGAAGGUCUGGAGGACUGGUACUGACCUUUCCAAAACUGCCACAGUCACUGUCCGCUCCAGGAAGAGCGAUCCUGUUUCUGCAGAAGCUGGACUCGACUAUGUUGGCAUCAGUCGCAACCUGGACUUUGCUCCUGGCGUAACGAUGCAGACAUUCAGGGUGACCAUCCUGGAUGACUUGGGUCAGCCGCAGCUGGAGGGGCCAGAGACCUUUGACCUUGUACUGAGAAUGCCCAUGAAUGCUGUUUUAGGAGAGCCGAGCAGGACAACAGUCACCAUUAAUGACACCAUCACUGACUUACCGAAGGUUCAGUUCAAGGAAGACCGCUACACAGUGGAUGAGUCUAAUGGGGAAGUAAGAGCUGUGCUGUAUCGAAAUGGAGACAUCAGCCUCACUUCCACGGUUCGCUGUUACACUCGUCAGGGAUCGGCUCAGGUCAUGAUGGACUACAGUGAGAGGCCAAACACCGAUGCAUCCAUCGUCACUUUUCUACCAGGUGAAUCUGAGAAGCCGUGUGUGGUUGGUUUGAUGGAUGACUUGGUCCACGAGGAGGACGAGGAGUUCCGCUUGGUGCUGGGAAACCCCAAGAGCAAGUCUCCCUAUGGGGCCUUGAUCGGAGAGCGGAAGGAAGCUCUGGUCACCAUCACAGAUGAGAAAGACAAGCCCAUCAUCCGUUUCUCUGAGAUCAAGUACAGUGUACAUGAACCCCAGGUAAAAGGUGACAUGGCAAUUGUGAAGAUUCCCAUUCUGCGCUUCGGAGAUACCUCAAAGGUCUCCGUAGUGAGAGUGCACACAAAGGAUGGAUCUGCAACCUCUGGAGAUGACUACAACCCGCUGUCAGAAGACGUGGAGUUCAAAGAGGGCGAGAAGAAGCAGUUUGUUGAAAUCGAGAUCCUGUACGAUGGUCAGAGAGAGAUGAGAGAAGCCUUCACGGUGCACAUGAAGCCUGAUGACAACAUGGUGGCUGAGGUACAGAUGAACAAAGCCAUCGUGUACAUUGAGGAGAUGGACAGUGUAGCAGACGUUACCUUCCCUGCAGUUCCCCAGGUGGUUUCUCUCCUCAUGUAUGACGACACAGCUAAAAGUAGAGAGAGGCCCCAUCCAUCCAAUGGAUACCCUGUUGUAUGUGUGACGGCCUGCAACCCAAAGUACCACGAUUUUGACAAAACAGGUUCCAUCUGCUCAGCUGAGAACAUCAACGAUACUCUCACCCAGUACCGCUGGCUGGUGAGCGCUCCCACUGGAUCGGAUGGAGUAACCAGCCCCAUGAGGGAGGUGGACACUAACACCUUCUUCACCAACACAAAGUCUAUCACUUUGGAUUCAAUCUACUUCCAAGCUGGAUCCAGGAUCCAGUGUGCAGCCAGAGCCUUCAACACCAAUGGAGACGCUGGUCUGGAGCUGUCCAGUCCCAUUGUUGUGAUCAGCAAAGAGGAGGGCAUGUGUCAGCCUCGAAUUCCAGGAACAGUUGGAGCUGAACCUUUCUCUGCUAAAAUCCGCUACACUGGCCCGGAUGAUCCAGACUUCCCGAACCUCAUCAAACUGACCAUCAACAUGCCUCACAUGGAUGGAAUGCUACCAGUGAUCUCUACGAAACCUCUGUCAAACUUUGAACUCACCCUGAGUCCAGAUGGGACCCGUGUGGGUAACCACCGCUGCUCCAACCUGCUGGACUUCAACGAGAUCCAGACCGGCCACGGCUUCAUCACAGACGCAACAAAGAACCCUGAAAUCAUCGGGGAGACUUCACCGUACCAGUACAGCACCAUUAUGCGUUCAACAAAUUCCCUGCGCUUCUAUAGAAACCUUAACUUAGAGGCCUGCCUUUGGGAGUUCAGCAGCUUCUUUGACAUGUCAGAGCUGCUGAAUGAAUGUGGGGGUUCUAUAGGCACUGACGGACAGGUCCUGAACCUUGUCCAGUCAUACGUCACUCUGCGCGUCCCCCUCUUUGUUUCCUAUGUCUUUCAUUCUCCUGUGGCUGUUGGAGGCUGGCAGCACUUUGAUCUCCAGUCGGAACUUAAACUCACGUUUGUCUACGAUACAGCAAUUCUGUGGCAGGACGGUAUCGGCAGCCCACCUGAAGCUGAACUACAAGGAGCCAUGUACCCUACCAGCAUGCGUAUAAAUGAGGAAGGUCGACUCGUGGUGAAUUUCAAAACUGAGGCUCGCUUCAGGGGCCAAUUUGUUAUGUCUCAUCCAGGAACCAGUGUGGCAUCCAUGGUGAUUUGCGCUGACCAUCCUGGGCUGACGUUUACUCUCAUCCUUGUCAGAACCGAGCCAACUUACAACCAGCCCAUGCAACAAUGGACUUUUGUCUCUGACUUUGCAGUCAGAGACUACUCAGGGACUUACACAGUGAAGUUGGUUCCCUGCAUUGCAUCACCCAAUGGAGAGUUCAGCAUCCCUCCUGUGUGCCAUCCAAGAGAGCCGCUUACUUUUGACAUUGACAUUCGCUUCCAGCAGGUGAGCGACCCAGUAGCAGCUGAAUUCAGUCUAAAUACACAGAUGUUCCUCCUAUCCAAGCGAGAGUUGUGGCUGUCUGAUGGCUCCAUGGGUUUUGGAGAAGGAACGGAUGCUGCUUUUUCAGAAGGCUCCACAAUUUAUGGCCGUGUGAUGGUAGACCCUGUCCAGAACCUGGGCGACUCCUUCUCCUGUAGCAUUGAGAAAGUGUUCCUCUGCACUGGAGCAGACGGAUAUGUCCCCAAAUACAACCCCACGGACAAGGAGUAUGGUUGCUUGGCAGAUGCACCCUCCCUGCUUUACAGAUUCAAAAUUCUGGACAAAGCCCAGCCAGAGACUCAAGCCUCAGCAUUUGGAGAUGUUGCUUUCAAAGCCAUGCUGGCCCAAGAUACUCCUGGAGCUCAGGCUUUGAUUGGACAACCAGGCACGGAUGGGUUCAUGUUGUCUUCGUCACCACUUUUUCAGGUGGCUGCUGGUAGGGAAUGGUUCAUCCAUGCGAUCUACGCUGUUCGCUCUAGACAAAAUGCCAAUCGUAACAUUGGAAAGCGCAGCGUUGACCAUCUCCAACAUGGCAUUUUCUCAGUUGAGCAGCCUCACAACUCGGAGAUGGCCAGUCGCCAGCGCCGUUCGGCCCCUGCCUUGUCUGGUCCACCUCUGGCCCAGGACAUCGGCAUCAAAAGCAACCGGGGCACCAACAUCCAGCACAUUGCUCUGGACCGAUCGAACCGCAUGGUGGUCAGCCAGUGGCAACCCUGGUCGCCGGACCAUGACCCUCUUCUAGAACGCCCCCUACUGGAGAGUUCAGGCAGAGAGCCAGACAACACCUCCUACCUACCCAUGUUUGCGGGAAUCGCAGGUCUAAUCCUUCUCAUCUGCCUCAUCGCUAUUCUCGUUAUUUUGGUGCUGUGCCGUAAAAGGAAAGAAAAGAAAACUACAUUCUCACCAUAUGCCACUUCCUCAUCAUCUGCCUACAAUGGCUACAGCCGAGGACCAGCUGGCAUGUGGAGCAGCUCAGACAGCUCUGAAGUCUAGAUGUGGACUUCCUACAUCUGUGCCCCAUUAAAAAAACUAUCAGUGUCCUUCACCACUGUGCCGUUUGAUAUUUAACCAGUAAAGCGCUGCAUGGUCCAGCACAAAUAUCAGUGCUCAGGGCUUCCGUACACACUAUGUACCAGUCGUGAGGGUUACUGGUUUCUGAUGGUUACGUUUACAACAUUGUAUUGUAAGUUUGUGUCUUUAUUACAAACCAUUCAGAAUCACAAAAAUAUUUGAAGUCUAAAAUGAUGUUUAUUGUUGCCCCAUUGUAAAAUAUUAGUUUUAUUAAGAGGUUUGCAAAUGCAUGAAAAAUGCAGCUGAUUGAUGAGUGAAUGGCAACUUUUUAGUUUCCUCAGCGAAAUAGAUUUUUAUAAAGUUGUAUAAAGCUGUAACGCAUGUUUUGUGGAGAGAAGCUAAACUGACUGUAUGCUAGAAGGAAACGACCUGAAUGAAUGACUUAGCUACUGUUCUGUUGUGAUUUUCAAUAACUGCAAAUACCUGCUCACUAGUGUGUCGUUGAGAAGUACUGUACAUGUCUGAGAAUGCAGAAAAAUAACCUCAAUGAUUGAGAUCAACGAUAACGAAAGAUGAAUCAACAUCUUCAGAAUACAUAUUACUUCACCCUGGUGAAACUUGAAGAACAUCCAUUUGUAAUUCUGGUGCUCUCAUCUAGUUCUGGGGAAAAAAAAUCUCCAGAUUAAAACAAGUCAACAGGUAAAAUGUUAA